AUGGCUUCUUCUUCUUCUUCCAUACCUCAACGGAAAUAUGAUGUGUUCUUAAGUUUUAGAGGCGAAGACACACGCAAGAACUUUGUCGACCAUCUCCAUGCAGCCAUACAACAAAAAGGAAUCGACACCUUCAAAGAUGACGAAAAAAUUGAGAGAGGAAAAUCGAUUUCAACAGCACUCCUGACGGCAAUUAAGGAAUCAAGAUUUGCUGUUAUCGUUUCCUCUAAAAACUAUGCUUCUUCCUCAUGGUGCUUGGAUGAACUUGUAGAGAUCAUUGAAUGCAAGAACAAGAUAGGACAGAUAGUUUUCCCUAUCUUCUACAAUGUGGAUCCAUCCAAAGUAAGGAAACAACAGGGAGUUUCGCAUAAGCACUUACCAAACAUGAAGAAAAUUUUGGGGAUGACAAAGAAAAGGUGCAAAGAUGGAGGAAAGCUUUGGUGGAAGCAACAAACUUAA